AUGGCGGGGAACCAGGUUUCUGGAGGCCCAGGUCACAUGGCCCACCGGUGGCAGAAUCCUCACCCUCCCGCUGGGAGCAGCAUCGGAAUUCCCCGAGCAUCAGGCAGCAGAAAGGGCAUGUGUCCCGGCAUUGACUGCCAUCAAGAGAGCCUUCUGGAAGCCUUCAUGGCAUCUGCCCUCUCUGGGGUGGUGCAGGCGGGCCCUGCUGUGAGCCAGAGCCGUUCUCACAGCUGCUCUGGGGGUGCUCGAGCCACUGGGACCAGCAGUGGGGAGGGCCGACCCACAGCGGGGGCUGGGCAGCUGCUGCCUGAUGUGGCAACGUCUGAUGCUUUCAAAGGCUUCCUUUCUCACGAGCUGCCCUCGCUGCUGCACCGCUGGUAUGACGUGCCCCCGUAUUUCAAGACGGAGCCGGUGCGGACGCAGGUGCACCUGGAAGGGAACCGCCUGGUGCUCACGUGCAUGGCGGAAGGCAGCUGGCCACUGGAGUUCAAGUGGCUGCACAACAACAGAGAGCUGACCAAGUUCUCCCUGGAAUACCGAUACAUGAUCACCAGCCUAGACCGCACCCACGCCGGCUUCUACCGCUGCAUCGUACGUAACCGGAUGGGGGCACUGCUGCAGAGGCAAACGGAGGUCCAGGUGGCCUACAUGGGGAGCUUCGAGGAGGGCGACAAGCGCCAGAGCGUCUCCCACGGUGAAGCCGCCGUCAUCCGCGCCCCACGCAUCUCCAGCUUCCCCCGGCCACAGGUGACCUGGUUCCGGGACGGCCGCAAGAUCCCGCCCAGUAGCCGCAUAGCCAUCACGCUGGAGAACACCCUUGUCAUCCUGUCAACGGUGGCUCCUGACGCGGGCCGCUACUACGUGCAGGCUGUUAAUGACAAGAACGGGGAUAACAAGACCAGCCAGCCCAUCACUCUCGCCGUGGAGAAUGUAGGGGGGCCCGCAGACCCCAUCGCACCCACCAUCAUCAUCCCUCCCAAGAACACCAGUGUGGUGGCCGGGACCUCAGAGGUGACCAUGGAGUGUGUGGCCAACGCCAGGCCCUUGAUCAAGCUGCACAUCAUCUGGAAGAAGGACGGCGUGGUGCUGUCAGGCGGCGUCAGCGACCACAACCGCCGGCUCACCAUCCCCAACCCCAUGGCGGGCGAUGCCGGCUACUACGAGUGCGAGGCCGUUCUGCGCAGCAGCAGCGUCCCUGCCGUGGUCCGGGGCGCCUACCUCUCCGUGCUGGAGCCGCCUCAGUUCGUCAAGGAGCCAGAGAGACACAUCACAGCAGAGAUGGAGAAAGUGGUGGACAUCCCCUGUCGGGCCAAAGGCGUGCCCCCGCCCUCCAUCACCUGGUACAAGGAUGCGGCCCUGGUGGGGGUGGAGAAGCUGGCCCGCUUCCGGCAGCGCGGCGAUGGGGGCCUGCAGAUCAGCGGCCUGGUGCCCGACGACACCGGCAUGUUCCAGUGCUUCGCCCGAAACGCCGCCGGCGAGGUGCAGACCUCCACCUAUCUGGCCGUCACCAGCAUCGCUCCCAACAUCACCAGGGGCCCACUGGACAGCACGGUGAUCGAUGGCAUGUCCGUGGUGCUGGCGUGUGAGACCUCAGGAGCACCGCGGCCGGCUAUCACAUGGCAGAAAGGGGAGCGCAUCCUGGCCAGCGGCUCCGUGCAACUACCACGCUUCACGCCCCUGGAGUCGGGUAGCCUGCUCAUCAGCCCUACGCAUAUCUCCGACGCGGGCACCUACACCUGCCUGGCCACCAACUCGCGGGGCGUCGACGAGGCCUCUGCCGACCUGGUGGUUUGGGCCCGGACCCGCAUCACCAGGCCUCCCCAGGACCAGAGCGUCAUCAAGGGCACCCAGGCCUCCAUGGUGUGUGGCGUGACCCACGACCCCCGCGUGACUGUCAGAUACGCCUGGGAGAAAGACGGGGCCACCCUGGGCAUGGAGAACAACCCCCGUAUCCGCCUGGACAAAAAUGGCUCCCUGCACAUCUCACAGACGUGGUCGGGAGACAUUGGCACCUACACCUGCCGGGUGAUUUCUGCAGGAGGCAAUGACUCUCGAAGUGCUCACUUGCGAGUCAGGCAACUGCCCCACGCUCCCGAGCACCCAGUGGCCACCCUCAGCACCGUGGAAAGGCGGGCCAUCAACCUGACGUGGGCCAAGCCCUUUGAUGGCAACAGUCCCCUGAUCCGCUACGUCCUGGAGAUGUCGGAGAACAAUGCCCCCUGGACCAUCCUCUUAGCCAGUGUGGACCCCGAAGCCACCUCGGUGACGGUCAAGGGCUUGGUUCCCGCCCGCUCCUACCAGUUCCGUCUUUGUGCUGUCAACGAUGUGGGGAAGGGACAGUUCAGCAAGGAUACAGAGAGGAUCUCCCUCCCCGAGGAGCCCCCCACGGCCCCGCCCCAGAAUGUCAUUGCCAGUGGCCGGACCAAUCAGUCCAUCAUGAUCCAGUGGCAGCCGCCUCCAGAGAGCCACCAGAACGGACUCCUCAAGGGCUACGUCAUCAGAUACUGCCUAGCUGGACUGCCUGUUGGGUACCAGUUUAAAAACAUCACAGAUGCUGAUGUCAACAACCUGCUGCUAGAAGAUCUCAUCAUCUGGACCAACUACGAGAUCGAGGUGGCCGCCUACAACAGUGCCGGGUUAGGUGUCUACAGCAGCAAAGUCACCGAGUGGACACUGCAGGGAGUCCCCACGGUCCCUCCGGGCAACGUGCACGCGGAAGCCACCAAUUCUACCACCAUUCGCUUCACCUGGAACGCCCCCAGCCCCCAGUUCAUCAACGGCAUCAACCAGGGCUACAAGCUGAUCGCCUGGGAGCCCGCGCAGGAAGAGGAGGUUACCAUGGUGACCGCCCGGCCUAACUUUCAAGACAGCAUCCACGUGGGCUUCGUGUCCGGCCUGAAGAAGUUCACCGAGUACCUCACCUCCGUGCUGUGCUUCACCACCCCCGGGGACGGGCCUCGAAGCACCCCUCAGCUGGUGCGCACCCAUGAGGAUGUGCCUGGGCCCGUGGGACAUCUAAGCUUCAGUGAGAUCCUGGACACCUCGCUGAAGGUCAGCUGGCAAGAGCCCGGAGAGAAGAACGGCAUCCUCACAGGGUACCGGAUCUCCUGGGAGGAGUAUAACCGAACCAACACCCGCGUGACCCACUACCUGCCCAAUGUGACCCUGGAGUACCGUGUCACGGGCCUCACCGCACUCACCACCUACACCAUCGAGGUGGCCGCCAUGACCUCCAAGGGUCAGGGCCAGGUGUCCGCCUCGACCAUCUCAUCUGGGGUGCCUCCAGAACUCCCAGGGCCCCCCACCAACCUGGGCAUUUCCAAUAUCGGCCCCCGCUCCGUGACCUUGCAGUUCAGGCCGGGCUACGAUGGGAAGACCUCCAUCUCCCGCUGGCUGGUAGAGGCUCAGGUGGGCGUGGUCGGGGAGGGAGAGGAGUGGCUGCCCGUCCACCAGCUGUCCAACGAACCCGAUGCCCGCUCCAUGGAGGUGCCGGACCUCAACCCCUUCACCUACUACAGCUUCCGCAUGCGCCAGGUGAACAUCGUGGGCACCAGCCCACCCAGUCAGCCUUCCAGAAAGAUCCAGACCCUCCAGGCACCCCCAGACAUGGCCCCAGCCAAUGUGUCUCUGCGCACGGCCAGCGAGACCAGCCUGUGGCUACGCUGGAUGCCUCUCCCGGAGAUGGAGUACAACGGAAGCCCAGAGUCGGUUGGCUACCGGAUCAAGUAUAGCCGCUGCGAUGGCCACGGCAAGACACUCAGCCAUGUGGUCCAGGACCGCGUGGAACGGGAAUACACCAUUGAGGAUCUGGAGGAGUGGACAGAGUACCGUGUCCAGGUCCAGGCCUUCAACGCCAUUGGGAGCGGGCCCUGGAGUCCCACGGUGGUGGGCAGGACCCGGGAGUCAGUCCCCUCUGCAGGCCCCACCAACGUGUCCGCCCUGGCCACCACGUCCAGCAGCAUGCUGGUGCGCUGGAGCGAAAUCCCUGAGGCCGACCGCAAUGGGCUUGUGCUGGGCUACAAGGUGAUGUACAAGGAGAAAGACGCGGAUGUCCAGUCCCGGUCCUGGCUGGUGGAAGGCAACUCAUCCCGCAGCGCCCAGCUCACAGGCCUGGGCAAGUACGUGCUCUACGAGGUGCAGGUGCUGGCCUUCACACGCAUCGGCGACGGCAGCCCCAGCCACCCCCCCAUCCUGGAGCGGACGCUGGACGACGUGCCAGGACCACCCAUGGGCAUCCUGUUCCCAGAGGUGCGGACCACAUCCGUGCGGCUGAUCUGGCAGCCCCCAGCUGCCCCCAACGGCAUCAUUCUGGCUUACCAGAUCACACACCGUCUCAACACCACCACAGCCAACACUGCCACGGUGGAGGUGCUGGCCCCCAGUGCCCGCCAAUACACAGCCACCGGCCUCAAGCCAGAGUCUGUCUACCUGUUCCGUAUCACAGCCCAGACCCGCAAAGGCUGGGGAGAGGCUGCCGAGGCCUUGGUGGUGACCACGGAGAAGAGAGACCGCCCGCAGCCGCCCAGCAGGCCGGUGGUGCAGCAGGAGGACGUGAGAGCCCGCAGCGUGCUGCUGUCCUGGGAGCCCGGGAGCGACGGGCUGUCCCCUGUGCGCUACUACACCAUCCAGACGCGCGAGCUGCCCAGCGGCCGGUGGGCCUUGCACUCCGCCUCCGUGAGCCACAACGCCUCCGCCUUCCUGGUGGACAGGCUCAAGCCCUUCACGUCCUACAAAUUUCGAGUGAAGGCGACCAAUGACAUCGGGGACAGCGAGUUCAGCGAGGAGUCGGAAUCACUGACCACCCUGCAGGCUGCUCCCGAUGAAGCUCCCACCAUCCUCUCGGUGACACCCCACACCACCACCUCUGUGCUGAUCCGAUGGCAGCCGCCAGCCGAGGACAAGAUCAACGGCAUCCUCCUGGGUUUCCGGAUCCGGUACCGGGAGCUGCUCUAUGAAGGGCUGCGAGGCUUCACACUUCGAGGCAUCAACAACCCCAGGGCCACGUGGGCGGAGCUUACCUCCAUGUACUCCAUGAGGAACCUGAGCCGGCCCAGCCUCACGCAGUACGAGCUGGACAACCUGAACAAGCACCGGCGGUAUGAGAUCCGCAUGAGCGUGUACAACGCGGUGGGCGAGGGGCCCUCCAGUCCCCCACAGGAGGUCUUUGUCGGGGAGGCAGAAAUACUGUACAGCUGGAGCAAAAACAACAGCCCUCCCUCCUGCAUCCAAGGGCAGAUUUAUUUCUGGGAAGCCCAGCGGCGGAACCUCACCGAGCGGGUGAAGACACUUUUCUUGGCAGAGAACAGCGUGAAGCUCAAGAACCUGACCGGCUACACCGCCUACAUGGUCAGCGUGGCUGCCUUCAACGCCGCCGGGGAUGGACCUCAGAGCACCCCCACCCGCGGGCAGACCCAGCAAGCAGCCCCCAGCGCUCCCAGCUCGGUCAAGUUCAGCGAGCUGACCACAACCUCAGUGAACGUGUCCUGGGAAGCCCCGCAGUUCCCCAAUGGCAUCCUGCAGGGCUACAGGCUGGUGUAUGAGCCCUGCACCCCCGUGGAUGGAGUCAGCAAGAUCGUGACAGUGGACGUGAAGGGGAGCAGCCCCCUGUGGCUGAAGGUGAAGGACCUGGCAGAGGGCAUGACCUACAGGUUCCGCAUCAGAGCCAAGACCUUCACCUACGGGCCGGAAAUCGAGGCCAACGUCACCACAGGCCCUGGAGAAGGUGCCCCGGGACCACCUGGUGUGCCCAUCAUUGUGCGCUACAGCUCUGCCAUCGCCAUCCACUGGUCCAGCGGAGACCCCGGCAAAGGGCCCAUCACCCGCUAUGUCAUAGAGGCCAGGCCUUCAGAUGAGGGUCUAUGGGACAUCCUCAUCAAAGACAUCCCCAAGGAGGUGACCUCCUACACGUUCAGCAUGGACAUCCUGAAGCCGGGCGUGAGCUACGACUUCCGGGUCAUCGCGGUCAACGACUACGGCUUCGGCACCCCCAGCAGCCCCUCCCAAUCCGUGCCAGCCCAGAAAGCCAGCCCCUUCUACGAGGAAUGGUGGUUCCUGGUGGUCGUCGCCCUGGUCGGCCUCAUCCUCAUCCUGCUUCUGGUCUUUGUGCUCAUCAUCCGAGGCCAGAGCAAGAAGUAUGCCAAGAAGACAGACUCGGGGAACAGUGCCAAGUCCGGAGCCCUGGGCCACGGGGAGAUGAUGAGCUUGGAUGAAAGCAGCUUCCCUGCCCUGGAACUCAACAACCGGCGGCUCUCUGUCAAGAACUCCUUCUGCCGAAAGAACGGCCUGUACACCAGGUCUCCUCCCAGGCCCAGCCCAGGCAGCCUUCACUACUCCGACGAGGAUGUCACCAAGUACAACGACCUCAUCCCGGCAGAGAGCAGUAGUCUGACCGAGAAGCCCUCAGAAAUCUCCGACUCUCAGGGAAGCGACAGUGAAUACGAGGUCGACUCCAGCCACCAAAAGGCCCACUCCUUUGUCAACCACUACAUCAGCGACCCCACGUAUUACAACUCGUGGCGGCGGCAGCAGAAGGGAAUCUCGCGGGCGCAGGCGUACAGCUACACAGAGAGCGACUCGGGCGAGCCGGACCACGCCACCAUGGCCAACAGCACCAGCACCCAGCAGGGCAGCCUCUUUCGGCCCAAGGCCAGCCGGACUCCAACGCCCCAAAACCCCCCGAACCCCCCGAGUCAGCAGAGCACCCUCUACCGUCCCCCCAGCAGUCUCGCCCCUGGAUCCCGGGCUCCUAUAGCAGGAUUCUCAUCGUUCGUUUGACGUCAGAAGAGGAAAAGGAAAGGAAGAAACAUGGCACCAAGCUCCUCCCUCACCCCUCCUCUCACUGCCCUCCAGAAAACAAAAACGCCAAGAAACCAAGUCAACUUUUCACCUCCCUAGUUUGUUUUUCCAGAUUCCAGGGCCGGCGAAGCCGGUGUCGAGAAGGAGGGAGAAAACCACGAGAGGAUGUGUGG